AUGUUCCGACCUCGAUGUGGUCUUCGACCGAAGUUUGUCUACGUUGUCCUUAAGUCGAUCCUUUACAGCUCCUGGCUGCUCGGAAUAUUUCCAUUUAAGUAUGACCCAAAGCUGAGGAGACUACGCCGCUCCAAGUGGCUAAUCCUUUUUGGACUAGCCAUGACCUCCAGUCCCCUUAUCCUGAUGCUGAAACAAAGUGCAGAGUACCAUGAACAUGGGAUCAGGUUGGAUGUCUUUCAGAGGAAUUCCGUGCUUCAUCAAAUUAUUUCAAUAAUGGAAGUAGUCGGAGUGGUGACCAUUUGCACGGUGUACCUGCGAACCUUGUGGAGGAGCAAACAUCUGGAGGAGAUCUACAAUGGGUUGAUGCUGCUGAAAGCCAAUUACUUUUGCUCCGAUGCAGUGGAGUGUCCUGCCUUCGAUGUCUAUGUGAUCCAGAAAGGAGUUCUCAUUGUAGUGGGACUAUUAGCUCCCUGGAUUGUGCACUUUGGAACGCCCAAUAUUAAUGUACCCGUAAUGAACGUCUUGGUCGUCUCGUUGGGCAAGUUGGGAACGCUUCUCCUGGCCGUUCACUAUCAUCUUGGGCUGGCUUUCAUUUACCGAUUUGUGUGGCUCAUAAACAGGGAACUCCUGAUCCUGGUUUCCUCCUUGAGGGGCAACCAAAUGGGCAGCUCCUCCAGAGUUCGCUUCCUCCUGAAACUCUACACCAAACUGGUUCAACUAUAUAGCAGACUGGCCGAUUGCUACGACUACCAGACGGUCCUGAUGAUGGCAGUAUUUCUGUCUGCCAACAUCAUCGUUUGCUUCUAUAUGAUUGUCUACAGGAUCAGCCUGGGCAAGAUGUCCUUUUUCGUAAUGUUAAUUAUGUUUCCCCUCGCACUAGCUAACAAUUUCCUGGACUUUUGGCUGAUCAUGAAGGUUUGUGAUUUGCUGCAGAAAACUGGAAGUCAAACUUCGAUGAUCUUGAAGCUGUUCAACGAUAUUGAGAGCAUGGACAAAGAUCUUGAGAGAAGUAUAAACGACUUUGCAUUGUACUGCAGCCAUCAGAGGUUUAAGUUUCUUCACUGCGGAUUAUUUUACGUAAAUCGAGAAAUGGGCUUUAAUAUGUUCGUCGCAAGCUUUCUCUACUUGCUGUACCUAGUCCAGUUCGACUUUAUGAACUUGUGA